AUGACGCGGCAGGGGAUCGAACCCCGAACCUUCCGCUCUCCGGGCGGACGCUCUACCACUAGACCACGAAGGCGGUCGGAGAGGCAUGUUUAUAGAAAGACGGGAGCGUCAUAUACAGUGAUUGAUGCUUAUUCCUCCGAGACUGAAGCGUGUUCGUCCUAGAUCGAAGUGUGUUCAUCCUGGCUUUAAGUGUGUUCGUCAUAGAUUGAAGCGUGUUCGUCCUACAUUGAAGUGUGUUCAUCCAAGAUUGACGCGUGUUCAUUCUGGAUUGAAUUGUGUUCGUUCUAGACUGAAGUGUUCGUCCAAGAUUGAGGCGUGCUCGUCCUAUUUCACAGAGUGCGUGUACAUGCUAAUGAGGAAUAUAUGAAAGCGUAGAAGCUGCCCCAGCUUUUGGGAUGUUGGAACUAAUGUACAGUGACUUGAUGACAGCAGUGGAACGAGAUGUUGCCGCAAGUGUACUAAACCCUCCCUUUGUAGAUAAACCCGAGUCCGGGUUCAGCCCCGCGUCAUCCACUCUCAGCGCUCAAUGCACAGUGAGCAACACAGAACGGCCUUAAAAAAUCAAAUUACUCACCAUGCAAAUGAGAAUUGCACAUGAGAAUUUGGUGUUAAAGAAUGUUCCCUAUAUUAUAUUUUGUUACACAUUCGUAUUUCCUUCGAAGUGUGGUAGGCUCUGUUAAGAGAGUUAUCUAUAAGAAUUUUAUUUCAUACUGAUACCAUUUAAAUUCAAUCAUAACUCAUGGUAAAAGUAAACAUUUAAGAGUACAAGCACCAGGCAAUGAAAUCAAAGAACAAUUACAACACAGGAAUAAUGUUAAUUUAUUUUAGACAACGCACCCUGGCCUGAACGCCGACAACAGGCGAUCUCCCGUACCCCGCAGCUUUGGGAGGCAGGGGGCGCACACGGUAGUAGGAGGGGAGUGAGUUUCAGGGCUGCGAGAGAGGUGAUAGGGUGUCAUGAGUAGACUGAGCCGAUGCUACAGAGCUAGAGAUGAAGGAGCUGGAUACACACUGACGGCGAUCCUAGGAACCUGCGUGUGUCACCCCUCUUCUCUCUGCUGAUGUAGACGUGCACAUCUUGGAUGAUGUUCCUGUCAGUGUUGUAGAUAGAUACCUCAGUAGACAGGAGGACCAGCCAGGACAGGAGGACAUGGCGUUCUGUAUGAUGCUGAUGAGGAAGAAGGUCCAUUUUUUCCCUGUUUUCACCUGGAUCUUCAUCAUCGUUUCCUUCUUCAUAUGCUACGGUAUAGCAGUUGCACAUGGCCACGUGGAGCCAGAUUUCCCCUACAUCAGUGGUUGUCGUUGCAGCUACACCGCCAUCCAGACGCCAGAGAGAUGCUACUUCAGCCAGCUGAUUAACUUCGGGGCCUGUCUGCUGGCCGGGAAUGUAUUCAUUAGAUACCUACAGAUGAAGGAAGUCUUCAGCAAACACAACACCGCCGACCCCUCGCACCGCCGUCUCAACAUAGCCUGUCUUGUAGUCGGCUUCCUGUCAGCACUGGGGUUCAGUAUGGUGGCCAACUUCCAGACCCAGGUGAUGCGGCCGCUACACUACACAGGGGCAGGAUUGGCAUUUGUCUUCGGGAUGUGUUACUGCUGGAUGUCGUCGGCGCUCACGUGGAAACAACGCAUGAACAUGAACAACACUUACGUGGCCGUCCUCCAGCUCAUCAACAGCGUCGUUCUUACUGUCUUCCUUGUUGUCUUUGGCGUAUCAAAAGCGAUUUAUAAAUACAAAGAAACCCAUGGAAUGGGAACAAAAUGGGACACGUUGAAGACCGUGUACCUGCUGUCCACUAUCACGGAAUGGUUGACGGCAACUUUCAUCGUCACCUUCGUCCUCACCUACUACCCCGACUUCAAGAAGAUCAGGUUCUACGGGCCGAGGGUGAAGUUUAAUACAGAUGUUUAUCCACGAUCUACGGCCAGUAACGGGGACGCUCAUGUCAACGCCGAUGGCCUACUAGGGAAUAAUGAGGACAGAGUUUGAGGACCAACUCCUGGGACACGAGGAAAGUGUGUGAGGGGAUACGAGGACAACAUUCAAUGGCCCCCACAUGGACAGCACGAGAACAGACCAUGCCCCUUAUACCAGACCAAAGAGAUGAUAUUAUUUAUUUUCGGUUGUCUCAUACACAAUGAAUUUCAACCAACACACACCAGGAGCCGAAGCUAAGGCCAAAAACAUAAAGUGUAUGUUUUAUAGCGAUUAGAUGGUAUACUGGGAGACUGGAGCAAGUCUAGCUGAUAUAUCAGGAGACUUUUGAGCAAGUGGGAACACACGGUUAGCGUUUUUGUGUUCGUAUAUUUGGGUUUCGUGUGUGAAGAUGUGUGAAUGUGAGAGAGGUAGACAUGUGGGAGGUGCAAGUAAUACCUGUAUGUAUAUAUGGCAUGUGUAGAUGUAGAGUGCGACACGAGGGUGAUGUAUAUACUAGAGGUGUCAGGACAUUCCCAGAACCAUAUAUAUGAAAAUAGACGAGACACUAAGCGAACAUUGCAUAUUGUAAAUGUAACUUUCUAUUUAUUUAAAACCAAACCCCUUGUAACAACACUUGUCCUUAACAGAAUGCUGAAUAGAACAACAUUAGGAACCGACCAUGUGAUAUUCUUGAAGGGAUGGAAGGGGGGGGAGUACUUCAAGAUUUUUACUGUAGGCCUUUGGAAAAAAAAGAAAUUGCCUGUGACAUUGUUGCAAGGAAGUUUCUCUGAAAAGAAAAUUUAGGCUCAUAGUUCGAAAUAAAGCAAAUAUCUGGUUUUGGUAUUGUGUUAAACACAAACUCAUCAUACUGAGAUCGCAUGUUGAUAUGCACCAAUAUUCUUUGAUAGCACGAUACGUCCAACACGUCUAGUAUACACAUACACCUUUCACAACAGUGAGAUGUGUAGUAUGUUCUCCCAUGUGUGACAAUAUGACGCGGUUGUGUGGGAGUUGUAUGUUUGACAAAUAUGUAAAUACAAUAAUGACAUGACAUCCUCUAUAUUUUCCUGAACAACAGACAUUUCUGAACUGUCACACUUAAAUCGCCACAGGAGGUGGUGGUGGUAGUUUAAAUACGGAUGUGUGUCUAUGCGAUCAGGUACACUUGACUCCAAUCUUAGGUGUAAAGCAGCAUCCAGAGGGUGCUUCCAUGGCGAGUCUCCACAUAACGCAUUUAGACAGGGAUUGGCACCUGGACAGUUUAUAUAUCCACACUCCGUGUCACUGUAAUUGUUUCAUUAGCCGACUUGCUGAGAACCGUUGAAUGGGGAGGGCCACAUAUUUAGAUAUACAAACCCAUCAGAAACGUGAUUGCACAUUAUUUUUAUAAUACAUCAUCACAUAUGUAAGUGGCAGCUGUUGUGACAGGUGAAUCUCUGGGAGCAAAGGUCAAGGUGCUGCCAGGUACAUGAGCAUCAGAUGCUAUGUUUAAAGUGCCAUAGUUGAAUGAUCAUGUGUUUUGUUAAAGCGGACAUAUUGAAUGAAGAAAAGGCUGGACAGACGUAGUUGUACAGAAAGAGUAGAUAUGGCUUGACUGAAAUUAAUUUUCACAGUUCAGUAUGCUAAAGGUAAAAGUAAAAUUCUGUGAUCAUAUACGUUUAGUGAUGUGGAAAUUAAUGUUAUUUAAUGAUAUGUAAUGUGUGGCUGUGUUGAUGUGUACGCUAGAAACCUCAUGGCCAGACACACGCGUAGCUUCCUUCACUACCUCGACUUUGUUGUAGAUCUCUAAUAGGCAAGGACAUAUAAGCAAUAAGUUCACCUACCUUAUGUAAAGAACACGAAUCUUAUGUUAAGAACACAAAUAUGUUUGGCAGAUUUAAAUUUAACAUUGUAAAAGCAAUUCUUUAAAAUGGCUCAGGUUCCAUUUUCAGCUCAGUAAGAAUAUUAACACUUCAAAGAAGAAGAGGAGAUUUUAGCUUCUUACAAAUCUCACAGUUUGAUCAAUGAGAACGUGGUCGCAGCUACUUUGAACGCUCUGGGUGUUUGUUGUGAAGGCAAUGCCUGGCAGCCUGCCUAAUGUAUACAUCUGUCAACCCACGUGACGGGCAGCAUUUACACUAGACGUAUCAAUACAACCAAUACAUUUAAAAUAGAUACUACUGAAGGGCUGUGGGGACACACUAGCUAUUACAUAUACAACUGAUACGGAGCUAACGUCAGUGGGAUCUAUGCAACUCCCCACCUCGGUGCUAUAUCUGGCCUCUACUAGAGGCCUGUCCGGUUUAGUUACACAAGAUUUCAUAUUUUGUUUAAUUAUGUGAAUCUUCGCUGAAAUAUUUGGUGAUAUUUUAUAACUUGGUUUACGGAUCCGCUUACCCAAAUGUUGUUAAAUGUGAAGCCGUUUCAAUAAAUUGAUUUAUCCCAUUUUAGUGAGAAUUAUCCACCAGUGGAUCGAAAGAGCGAUUGACUUGAGACAUAACGUUUCUUGAAUUUCUAGUUUAUCUUGUCACCCAACGUUUUACGUCUAUUCUUUUUGUCGGCCAAUUAUGAUCCGUAAUCCAAGUAAUGAAUAAGGCAUUAGAUAGGUAUGACUUCCUUGGUGAUGUCAGUGCCUGUGUGUAAGACGGAAAAUAAUGCUGAGUAAGAAUAAGCAUACCUUACUGUGUACAGUAGUCUCAUUGUACUGGCAUCGUUUUAUAUGAGAUUUUUUCUGAUGUCUAUAUUGACGUUGUUUACCCUUUAUAUGUUUGAAUAUAUUCAACAUGUCAGUCUCGAAAUAAACAUUUAAACUUCA